AUGCUCUCGUGGUCCCUAUCCCUGCUGCUAGCCCCGGCGCUGGCAGCAGCCAGCUCCGCGGCUGAUUAUUAUGUGCAUUCGCUGCCUGGUGCUCCAGAAGGCCCCUUGUUGAAGAUGCAUGCUGGGCACAUCGAGGUGGACCCUGAGAACAAUGGCAAUUUGUUCUUUUGGCACUAUCAGAACCGCCACAUUGCGAACCGUCAACGGACCGUUCUUUGGAUAAACGGUGGUCCCGGAUGUAGCUCGAUGGAUGGCGCGUUGAUGGAGGUGGGACCUUAUCGGCUUAAGGAUGACCAUACCUUGGAAUACAAUAAGGGCUCGUGGGACGAGUUUGCCAACUUGCUGUUCGUUGAUCAGCCGAUUGGCACGGGAUUCAGCUACGUGAAUACGGAUAGCUAUAUUCAUGAGCUGGACGAAAUGUCGGCCCAAUUUAUGGUCUUCUUGGAGAAAUUCUUCCAGCUCUUCCCGGAGUAUGAGAGAGACGAUCUCUACAUAGCUGGUGAAUCUUAUGCGGGCAUGUAUAUCCCCCAUAUUGCUACGGCUAUCCAGGCGCGCAACAAGGCCGCCGAGCAAUUAGGAAGGACGAAAUGGCCCUUGAAGGGACUGCUGAUUGGCAAUGGCUGGAUCUCACCCUAUGAUCAGUCUCCCGCUUAUUUUGAGUUCGCUCAACGCAUGGGUCUAAUUAAGGAGGGCACAGAGCCCUACCGCCACCUCGAGGCUAUAAACUCGGUCUGUCUGGCCGCGCUGGAGGACCCCCAUAGCAAGGAUAUGGUCAACAUUCACCAGUGCGAGGAGGUCUUGCAGGCUUUGACCAGACUGACCACUAAGGAUGGCAAAUGCGUCAACACCUAUGACAUUCGCUUACAGGACACAUACCCCGAGUGUGGUAUGAACUGGCCCCCAGACUUGGCCAAUAUUACGCCUUACCUCCGUCGCCAGGACGUGAGACGGGCUUUGAAUGUCAACCCUGCUAAAACGGCUGGCUGGCAGGAGUGUAACGCUGCUGUCAGCCAGACCUUCCACGCCACCCAUUCGACCCCAGGCGUCAAGUUGCUUCCCGCUUUGCUGGAAUCGGACAUCAACGUCCUCCUGUUCAGCGGUGAUCAGGAUCUGAUCUGCAACCAUCUUGGUACAGAGACCCUGAUCCACAACAUGGAGUGGAAGGGUGCCACCGGUUUCGAGACGGACCCGGGCGUCUGGGCUCCGCGCCAUGAUUGGACCUUCGAGGGCGAGCCGGCCGGUAUCUACCAGUACGCGCGUAAUCUAACCUACGUUCUAUUCUACAACUCCAGCCACAUGGUGCCCUUCGACCAGCCCCGCCAGACCCGCGACAUGCUCGACCGCUUCAUGAGGGUCGACAUCGCCAGCAUCGGCGGCCGCCCGACCGACUCUCGCAUCGACGGAGAAAAACUGCCCCAGACUUCCGUCGGUGGUCACCCCAACAGCACCGCCGCCGAGGAACAGGAGCACAAGAAGCUGAAGGAGACCGAACUCCACGCUUAUACCAAGUCCGGCGAGGCUAUCCUCGUCGUCGUCAUCAUUGGUGUUACUAUCUGGGGCUUCUUCAUCUGGCGUUCGCGUCGUGCCCACAGCGGCUACCGCGGUGUCAAGAACCCCGAUAUCCGGGGCGGAUCCGUUCUCGACCGCUUCCAUAAUAAGCGAUCCGCUGCAGAUGUCGAGGCUGGUGAUUUUGAUGAGUCUGAGUUGGAUGCUCUGCAUUCGCCCGGCCUCGAGCGUGACCAUUAUGUUGUUGGCGAGGAUUUGAGUGGGGACGAGGAUGAGGUGCAUCGUCAGACUGGAGGAACUGGAAACCACCGCCAGCCGUCGGCGUCAUCAUCUUCAUGA